AAUGUAUAAAGUGAUAAUGGGGAUCACAUUCUAAAAAUGUCAACAAAACAAUAAUUGUCAAAUUAUUAAGUUAAUAAAUGUAAAAAAAAAAAUCAGCUAAACUAAAAUUAUGGAAAACGAUGCGGAUGCUCCUCAGAAGCUAAAAUUUCCAAAAGCAACCAUUUUCCUAAUAGCCAACGAAGUUUUGGAGAGGUUUUACUUCUAUGGAUGCACAGCAAUCAUUGUCGUUUACCUCAAUAACGUUUUGGACUUCAGCGAAAGAGAUGCGAAGUCGCUUUUUCACGCAUAUUCCAUGCUGAUCUAUUUUUUCCCUCUGUUGGGCGGCGUAAUAUCAGAUAGUUGGCUGGGAAAAUUUAACACCAUCGUUGUUUUCACAGCGGUUUACUCAGUGGGUAGCAUUUUGCUUGCGUUGACCACAUAUAAUGCUUUAAAGCUACCAAAAACAGAACUUACCAUAACUUCCCUCAUGAUUAUUGCUAUUGGAGGCGGAUUGAUUAAGCCAUGCAUUCCAUCCUUUGGUGGAGAUCAGUUUAUAUUACCUGAUCAACAAAGUCAGUUGACUUUAUUCUUUUAUUUAUUUUAUUUUGCCGUUAAUGCAGGAAGUCUAUUGGCAAUGUUUAUUACUCCGCUUUUGAGAAGUGAAGUGGACUGUUUUGGUGAAACUGGAUGCUACCCUCUAGCAUUUUCAUUGCCGGCAGUAUUUAUGGUGCUAGCUUUAGUUGUAUUUUUUGUGGGUAAACCAUGGUACCGAAUCUUGAAACCUGUGGGAAAUGUGGUUGUUAACGUUUUUAAGUGCAUUUGGUAUGCCAUUCGUCAUCGAAAAGAAGAACCACCAGUAGACUAUUGGCUAGACAGAUCAGAACCAAAAUUCGGAGCAGAUUUGGUAAAAGAUAUCAAUGCUGUUGGUAGAGUUUUAUUGAUUUUCCUCCCCCUCCCUGUCUACUUUGCCCUUUACUAUCAACAGCACUCCGCUUGGGUCUUACAGGCUUCUAAAAUGGAUGGGGACAUUGGUUUUUACACCAUACUCCCUGAGCAAUUACAGAUAGUCAACCCUUUGAUGGUAAUUAUUUUAAUUCCAACAUUUACCUACAUCAUAUACCCUUUACUAGCCAAAUGCCGUUUGUUACGUACAUCCCUUCAAAGAAUGUGCUGUGGGGGUUUUAUAACAGUUGCCACCUUUGUGGUGUCUGGAUUUGUAUCCCUUGCCAUAGAGGCAUCUGAUCCAGUGAUGCCCGGAGCCAAAGAGGCACAUAUUAGAGUAUAUGAUCCCACUGAGUGUGACUAUCAUAUUAACAUCUCUGAGAAUGUUCUUGGAGAAUUCCCGGUUAGACCGAAUAUCGACGGUUAUAUGGAAUCACUUAAUACUCCCUUAAGUAGUACCAGCACAAAAGCAAAUCUCGAAUUCUUCAGUGCACACGGAAAUACAACUGAUCAUUUAACUUGCCCCAAUCAUUUAAUACCGAUACAUAUAAAAGAAAAAAAUGCUUAUUACAUUUAUGUAAAUCAUGAAGGGGCCCAUAUUUUCAAUGAUGUUUUGGAGAAAAGUAAAAGUGGACAACCAUUAGUCAGAACAAUAUUUGCAAGAAGCAAUGAAAGUAUCAAAUAUGAGUAUGCGGGAUCCCGAAAGAAAACCUUUGAGCUAAAAGUAAAUGGGAAACAAGUCAAUCGUGAACUACAGCAAGUACCUCAACCAGGAAAAUGGACCCUUUCUACAAACGAGAAGGAAAUAUUAACUUUUAGGCCAGGGGGAUGCUAUAUUGUUUUAGAAAAUGUCGCAAAAAAAACUGCUCGCUUAAUAACAAUGUUCAAGCCUAGUCCUAUACAUAUACUUUGGCAAUUACCACAGUAUUUUCUCAUUACGAGCGGAGAAAUUUUAUUCUCAAUCGCCGGAUUGGAGUUUGCCUAUUCUGAAGCUCCUGUAUCGAUGAAGGCGGUGGUAAAUGCGUUUUACUUACUGAACAGCUCUUUUGGUAACUUAAUUGUUAUAAUUAUUGAACAAUGUCAUUUUUUUAAACAACAGUCAUAUACGUUUUUUCUAUAUAGCUGUCUGAUGGCGGGAGAUAUGGUAAUUUUUACAGUGUUAGCGAUAAGGUAUAAGUACCUCAAUACUUUUUAAAGCCCUAGAAGUUAUUGAGGAACCGAAUCUGCCACAAAAGAUAUUAUAUAUAUAUAUAUAUAUAUACAUAUAUAUAUAGUGUUAAACAAUUGUUUUUUUUUAUUUGAAACUAAAUUUCAUUAAAUUUUACUAAACAAUGUUAUAAUGAAACCAAGCCUCUUAAACGAGAUAAUAAACAUUAUAAUAAUAAAA